AUGUCCAACCCACCCUCCGGCGCCUCAACGCCCAACCCCCGCUUCACCACGCAAACCAAAACCGCCGAAGACCUCCUCGCAACCCAAACAGAAGGCCUAGUAAACCUCUCCGAUUUCCGCAAACGCCGCGCCGAAGCAAUCGAGCAGAAAGAACGGGAUGCGCAGGAGAAAUUCGCAAAUGGGGGGAGUAGUAGAGGGUCUGAUGGUGCGUCUACACCCCGUGAACCAUUGAAGAAGAAAAAGUGGAAAAUCGGGACGCCGAAAUUGUCUUUUGGGGUUGAUGAUGAGGAGGGCGAGAGUACGGAUGCUGCUACACCGCUGUCAGGGUCGAUGUCACCGAGAGGAGGAACGCCCGCGGGGGAUGCGCCGAAGAAGAAGAAAAUCGGUGUUAACUCAUCGAUCGCUGUUGCGCCGAAAGCUUUGACUAAGUCUGCUUUACUGAGGGAAGCGCAGACGCGAGAGAGUUUGCGAAAAGAGUUUCUGGUGAUCCAAGAGGCUGUGAAGGGGACAGAGAUUAAUAUCCCGUUUGUGUUUUACGAUGGCACUAAUAUCCCCGGUGGGAUAUGUAAGGUGAAGAAGGGGGAUUAUAUAUGGUUGUUUUUGGAUAAGAGUCGGAAGGUCGGGGCGGAGAUGGGGGUGGGUGAGAAGGGAUCGAAUAUUAGGAGGGAGUGGGCGAGGGUUGGGGUGGAUGACUUGAUGAUGGUUAGGGGUGGGAUUAUUAUUCCUCAUCACUACGACUUCUACUACUUCAUAAUGAACCACACCCUCGGACCCAACAACCGCAUCCUCUUCGACUACUCCGCCGAACCUCCAGCCGUCCUCCCAGAAGCUCCCGAACCCAUCAACCUAGAUACCUACAACCCACUCUCCGUCCCAUCGAAACAAAAACCCAAAGAUGUUCCAACAGAGAACAAGGAUUUGGAGGGUACGAACGACGAUCCUACAUUGACGAAAGUCGUCGAUCGACGCUGGUACGAGCGGAAUAAACAUAUCUUUCCGGCGAGCGUGUGGCAGGAUUUCGAUCCGGAUAAGGAUUAUCAGAAAGAGGUUAAGCGGGAUGCUGGUGGGAAUGCGUUUUUCUUUUCUUGA